CGGGAGCUGCCACUCAGCGCGCGUGCAGGAGCCCGGGCCGCGGGGCCGUUUAAAGGCGCCGCGCGCCGGUUGCCGGCGUUUCCUCCUGGUCGGGCGUGCGGCAGCGGCAGCGAUCGCCAUCGCCUCGCGCAGAUCUGCCACAAUGCCUGGGUCUCUUCCAGUGAAUGUUGAAUCCUGUUGGCCCAAAGAUGUGGGAAUCGUUGCACUAGAAAUAUAUUUUCCAUCUCAGUAUGUUGACCAGACAGAGCUGGAGAAGUAUGAUGGCGUGGAUGCUGGCAAGUACACCAUUGGGUUAGGCCAGUCGAAGAUGGGGUUCUGCUCUGACCGUGAGGAUAUCAAUUCCCUCUGCUUGACUGUGGUUCAGAAGCUUAUGGAGAGGAACAGCCUCUCCUAUGAUUGUAUUGGGAGAUUAGAAGUUGGAACGGAGACAAUAAUUGAUAAAUCAAAAUCUGUGAAGACUGUCCUGAUGCAACUUUUUGAAGAAUCUGGUAAUACAGAUGUAGAAGGAAUCGACACCACGAAUGCAUGCUAUGGAGGCACUGCUGCUCUUUUUAAUGCGGUUAAUUGGAUUGAGUCCAGUUCUUGGGAUGGGCGUUACGCACUUGUUGUUGCUGGAGACAUUGCUGUGUAUGCCACUGGAAACGCCAGGCCAACAGGGGGAGCUGGUGCUGUUGCUAUGCUGGUUGGCCCAAAUGCUCCUUUGAUUUUUGAGAGAGGAUUGCGCGGAACCCACAUGCAGCAUGCCUAUGACUUCUAUAAGCCAGACAUGGUCUCCGAAUAUCCUGUCGUUGAUGGCAAGCUGUCUAUACAGUGCUACCUCAGUGCGUUAGAUCGCUGCUAUACUGUCUAUCGCAACAAAAUCCACGCCCAGUGGCAAAAGGAAGGAACAGACAGACGUUUCACCUUGAACGACUUUGGAUUCAUGAUCUUUCAUUCUCCCUACUGUAAACUGGUGCAGAAGAGUGUGGCUAGACUGCUGCUGAAUGACUUUCUCAGUGACCAGAACCCAGAGACAGCAAGUGGCAUUUUCAGUGGGCUGGAAGCUUUCAGGGAUGUAAAACUUGAAGAUACAUAUUUUGACAGAGAUGUGGAAAAAGCUUUUAUGAAAGCUAGUGCAGAGCUCUUCAAUCAGAAAACCAAAGCUUCAUUACUUGUGUCCAAUCAGAAUGGAAAUAUGUAUACCCCUUCAGUCUACGGUUGCCUUGCCUCUCUUCUAGCCCAGUACUCUCCAGAGCAUCUCGCAGGACAGAGAAUUAGUGUGUUCUCAUAUGGCUCUGGUUUUGCUGCUACUCUGUAUUCCAUCAGAGUUACACAGGAUGCCACUCCUGGUUCUGCACUGGACAAAAUAACUGCAAGCCUUUCUGAUCUUAAAACAAGACUUGACUCGAGAAAAUGUAUUGCACCUGAUGUCUUUGCUGAAAACAUGAAGAUUAGACAGGAAACUCAUCACUUGGCCAACUAUAUUCCACAGUGUUCUGUAGAAGAUCUCUUUGAGGGAACAUGGUACCUUGUGCGUGUGGAUGAAAAACACAGAAGAACCUAUGCACGACGCCCAAUCAUGGGUGAUGGACCUCUGGAGGCAGGAGUUGAAGUUGUCCACCCAGGCGUUGUUCAUGAGCACAUCCCAAGCCCUGCUAAGAAAGUGCCAAGAAUCCCUGCAACAACAGAAUCUGAAGGCGUUACUGUUGCCAUUUCCAAUGGGGAGCAUUAAGAUACCUCUGUGAGGUGGGGAAUGGAAAAAGGUGUGAGGGUAGGGUGAAAGAAAGGAUUACAGUAGUACUGAAGUUGCAUUGUACAGUAGUACUUAAUUGGGGAUGAAAAACCUUCAAACUCCUUGAAAGGAUUUGUCUUAAUGCAGUGUGCUGAUAUUUAUAGUAUUUUCAGGACACUAAAAUCAUUAAUAUACUGGAGAUAAUGGGACUUGCUAGGGGCUUUGUGGAUUCUUUAACAUGUCUGAAUUUUUUUAAUUGCAGAGUAGUAGCUGUAGUCUAUUACAAGGUCUUUGUACAUAGAAAAAAGUGAAUCUUCUGCUUGCUUUUUCCAUGUAAAAUGGCUUGAAACCUACACUUAAAUUCUACUUGUAUGCAAAAGUGUGUGGCAAAAUAGUCCAAGCUUUUAAUGUUAGGGUUCUCAGUGCCUUGACAGUAAGCAGUCAGUCUUCUGAAUUCUGCACUUCUCUUGCCCUUUAUCACCUUCCCUUUCUUCUCCCAGUCUACCUCUGCUCACCCCAUUGCUUUGGAAAAGAUACAGUACCAAGUAACGCUCACUACCGUAAUAAAAUCACUCUUCCCCUAUCAAAAUAGUGGAUCAAGGACCACAAGGCUGACAGUAACUAACAAUGUUAGUUAUCAUGAAGUUCCACCUAAAACCCAUUCUGUGCAUUUUUUACCUGCCUUAUAAAUCACAUCAGCCUGGGGGGAAAGAGGAAUGACGAGGGAGGUAGACGGUUGUUCUUCUAAAGAACAUAAAAGGGUAUAUUUCUUGGACUUACUGAUUUGGCACUUUUCAGGAUUAUUUAACUGUAACAAGUAUUUAAAGGAGCAGAAUUUUCAAAUAAAACUUCUAGACAUUAUGGAGCUGUUUUAAUUGGCAAACUAAGAAAGGGAGUAGGAUCAUUUUGUCUGGAACUCUGGCCUCUCACUAUUCUUUAUAUAAUACAUUUCUAAGAGACUAUUUCUAACUUUGGAUUUGGCUUUGUACUUUGAAGUCCUUCUCACUAUUGGUGAUGUCUUAGGAGUGGGGUCUUUUCUUUCUUUUUUUUCCCCAGUAUGCAAGCUAUCCAUUUUUGCAAGUGGUAGAUACACAGUUCUAAUGGGGAUUCCAUUCUGGUAGCUUUUUAAAGCCCAGAUUGGUAAUGAACUAUGACAUGAGCCUUGUAAGCUUGUAUUAUAUAUUUAAUUGAGCUAAUGUACAGAAUGAAGUUUUGUUGAAUUUUAUUUCUUUGCUAAUUCUACAAAGCUACAUUAUCUCAUAUAAAGUAGCAAGAAAUGAUUCAUCUGUUUAAAUCACGAUCUUUUUUGUGUAACGAAGUGUUUGUAUUAUCUGUCACUCACUAGGAUUUGGUAACUUGCUGUAUUUGUACAGUCAAGCCUUGGUAAAAUAGAUGUUUAUUAUAAAUUGAUGGAUACUAAUCUGUUUGUUCUGCUGAAAGUUAUGGAGCAGUGAUGCAUGAAGAUAGUGUUUGCAAGCAUUUUGGUUUAGGUUGCCCUCAUGAAACUUGUAUUGGCACCAGAAAAAAAAUUGCCAUGGAACAAAGUCCAUUGCUGGCAGUGGACAAGCCAAGAAUUGAGCUACUGGCACAAAAAGUUAACCACAGACCCUCACUGUCUGUGAGGCUGAUCCCUUAUUAAAAUAAAGUUUGAGAUAUUUGAAA